AUGCUUGCUCCUCCUGGCGCCAUCCCGCCCAAGUUGAAAAGAUGCCUUGCCGAACUCCUUCGCACGUGCGUGCAUCCACCCUCACUGCUCCUUCGAGUCGAACACGUAUUUGGGAAAGCGCAGGCGGGUAGCCAUAGAAACGCAGUCGUCCAUCGUGACGACGAACGAGAAGAGGAUCACCAAGAUCAAAUUCCCAUCACGACCGGCGAUGACCACAGCAACCAAGCUGCUCAAGGAUCUGACCCUCGGUGUUUUCGUCUCACCCUCUCAGAUGGCCAUCUCCAGGUUCAGGCCUUAGUAGCCCCAACCCUCCUCUUUACGACAAAGGAGCUCUUGGACUUGCGGCGAGGGGACCUCAUUGAGGUGCACAAGUUCCAGGUGAGGAGUGCGCCGCGACUGAAGGGGAACGGUCGAGUGGUUUAUUUGGGGAUACAAGAUUGCGAAUGGGUGGGCCGGGACAGAGAGACUCUAGAAAAAUCGGGAAGCGACGGACUUGAACUUGAAGAAGGCGGCUUCUUUCGUGAGCAGGAGCAGAACGAGAUGUUUCCAAGAAAGCAAGACUUGACUGACGGCUCAGACAAAAGCAAGUCCAAGGGGAGAGACUCUGGCAACCGCGAUAACAAAGCGCAUAGGAUGAAAAGGACGCAGAGCAAGUCAAAAUCGUCCAAACCUACGCCGCAGGUUUCUCGGAAUGCGUCAGAAUAUGAGUCAGAUGGCGAUGAAGGCUUCGCCACGAUCCUUAUCCAGCAACAGCCUUCUACUGACGAGGUUAUUGUGAACCGACGACAGCCACGAGGAGAGUACAUCCAAGCCGAGACACAAGGCAGUUUCACAACCACGUCACUCCUGCGCUCGUCAAAUCGCUCCCAUCAAGACAGCACAGCUGCUGACGGAAAACGGGCUAUCGACGGAGACAGGGUGGCAGAGGCCGACUAUCAGAAUGCUCUUCCUGACCACCACCCAACCCAUCUCGCAGUCUCAACUCCUCAUUCAGCUUCACUUCAUCCACGUGGCGACCACAUCACCCGCCCCACCAGCACGACAUCUAUCCCUCCAACAAUCGCCAGCCUCUCUUCCCUCCUUUCCCUUCCCAUUCAGAAAAAUUACACCUGCACCGUCCUCGCCAUCAUAUCCUGGGUAUCUCCCUCGCUGAUCCACCGCCCGAACACGCCCUUCCCGCCAAAACGGCACAUCAAGAUUCACGACCCGUCUAUAUCACACCGCACCUCCGGUAUCACUGUCUCGGUAUUCGUGGACGCGCAGAAAUUUCUCCCGGUCGUAGGUACCGUGGCUCUGUUCAGGGGCUUAGUAAUGCAUAGAGUCAGAGCAACAGGCUACCACGCCGAGGGCGAAGGAGGAGGGGACGUGAUAUUGAACAAAUACCCCCCUUCGAAGUCGUGGAGCCAGGCUCAGAGAGCAGCGGAAACUGCUGAGGGUGGAGAAGAGUCUGGUGACGCCGCCGAGGGCGAUGGGAAAGGCGAACGAGAUCGACAAGUUGCUGGAGGCGAAUGGUUCAUUUGUGAUGAGACUAGGCUGGUCCAGAUGGGCUUCGACGUACAAGCGCUCAAGACGUGGUGGGAGCAGAGGGCUGCCGCGAGGACAGGGAAGGGACAGGGACUAGCAGCGAAAAAAGCAAGCGAAACUUCAUCGACGGAUGCGAGAGAGGAUGCCCGAGUCAAUCGAGAGGAACUGCAGUAUUGA